AUCAGUUUUCGCCAGAGCUUAAAUCAAAACUGGGUUUAUAAUUUAAGUAUUUUCAAAAAUAUCUUUAAUUUUUAAAAUAGCUGAUAAUCAAAUUAUAUAAGUGUGUUUUAAUUGGAAGGAACACAAUUAUCUUUUGCUUUCUCAUGAUUACGCGAUAAAUUGUAAACUGGUUCAUUUUGAGAUAAUAAUUGGAGCUUGCACUCAAAUUUUAUUAUGUCUUUCUAUCGGAAGUCUAUUUGGCUUCUUAAGGGACUCAGAGAAUAUACCAGAACGGGAUAUGAAAAAGCAAGUAAGAAAUUUACCUCUUCUGAUCUAGAAGUUGACUGUACUGGCAAGGUAUAUCUUGUAACUGGAGCAAAUAGUGGAAUUGGCAAAGUUUCAGCCUUUAAUUUUGCCAAAAGAGGAGGCACCGUAUAUCUUGUCUGUAGAAAUAAGGAAAGAGGAGAAGAGGCGCAAAGAGAUAUUAUAGAAGUUACCAAUAAUAACAAUGUUCAUUUAAGAAUUCUGGACAUUUCUAAUAUUAAGGAGGUGAUUAAGUUUGCUAAAGAAUUCUGUGAAAACAACGAAAGACUGGACGUAUUAGUGAAUAACGCUGGAUGCAUGUUACAAAAUUUCCCAAAAACAGAAGAAGGCCUUGACACAAAUUUUGCGACAAAUACUUUAGGGCCGUUUGUUUUGACUCAUGCAUUAUUACCCUGCCUGAAACAUAGUGAUCAUGGUCGUGUAAUUAUGGUAUCCUCCGGAGGGAUGCUUGUGCAAAAAUUGGACGCAAAAAACCCGCAAUUAGACGGCUUAUCGAAAUAUGAUGGAACAAUGGUUUACGCUCAAAAUAAAAGACAACAAAUUGUGAUGACUGUACAUUUUGCCCAACAAUAUCCUGAAAUAUUCUUUUCUUCAAUGCACCCUGGUUGGGCAGACACACCUGCUGUUCGAAGCGCUAUGCCAGACUUUCACAGACGUAUGAAAGACAAUCUACGAACAGAUGAACAAGGUGCAGAUACUGUCGUAUGGCUAGGAAUUGCUGAUGCAGCCUUGAAGCAAGGAAACGGAUUAUUCUUUCAAGAUAGAGUGCCUGUUUCAACUCAUCUACCAUUUGCUAGUACAAGAAAUAGUGAUGAAGAAGAGCAAAUGUUUAUGGAUUACUUAAAUAAUCUUUCAGCAACUUUAGGCUUUACAGUCGGUUUACAUAAAUUAUAA